AUGCAGGAGUCUUCUGCAUACUCUUCUCGUCUCUUCUACCGUUGCAAUUCCCGAUUUAUUGCGUUCAUCUGCCGCUAAAAACCAAUUUUAAUCCUGUAUUAUUUAAUUUUAUUUUAUUAAACUGCGUGUUGUUUUAUGCUUCCAGAAAGGGUCAACACAAAGAAGCAGUAUGUGGGAAAAAAAUAGCAGACACGUUGAAGAAAUGCACUUUGCCGAAAUUCAGGGUUGAUAAGCGAUCAGUCCGAGACCACGUGGGAAUCCUUGUUUACAAGCACAAGAAAAACUUCUAGCGGAGGAUAAAGCAACUGGAAUAACUCCCGAUGAGCCAACGGAACUAGAAAACCUAUUGGAUAUGAUAAUCGCGUUGGAGGAAAGUGGCCAAGCGGAAUUACAGGAAACACAGGGAACAGCUAGCAAAAAACGUCAAUACGAUCGGGCUAAAGCGGAAGAUGUUAGACUGAAAGCGAUGGAGAAGCUGUCAGAGACGAAGAAAAGAGGUUCAUCAGCGGAUGAAAGCGAUGACAAACCGAAGCGUUAA